CCCACUUUGUUGUGUGAGCUGCAGCAGCGGCAGCAGCAGCAGCAGCAGCAGUGUGCAGGAGGCAGCCGCCGGUUGGUGCAGACGGCUCGGCCCCGGGGACGUCGGUGCUUUGCUGGGCCCUCACCGCCUUCAUCAUGGAGUUUUUAAUGGGAAACCCGUUUAGCACUCCGGUGGGACAACGUAUCGAGCGUGCGACCAGCUCCAGCCUGCCGUCCGAGGACUGGGCACUCAACAUGGAAAUCUGCGAUGUCAUCAACAGCGCAGAGGAAGGACCCAGAGACGCAAUCAGAGCCGUUAAGAAAAGGAUUGUGGGGAACAAAAACUUCAAGGAGGUUAUGCUGACGCUCACUGUCCUGGAGACGUGUGUGAAAAACUGCGGCUAUAAGUUUCACAUCCUGGUGACAACGAGGGAUUUUAUCGAGGGGGUUCUGGUGCGGUCGAUCAUCCCGAGGAACAACCCUCCUCUUAUCCUGCACGACAGAGUGCUCGGUAUCGUACAGGCGUGGGCUGAUGCAUUCCGAAGCUCACCAGACCUGACAGGUGUGGUGUCAGUGUAUGAAGACCUGCGAAGGAAGGGACUUGAAUUCCCCAUGACAGAGCUGGACGGCUACUCACCCGUCCAAGCUCCCAAAAAGACUUUGCCUGGGAAUAGACCUGCUGUAACUACUCUUCCUGCUGUGGUCCUAUCUUCCAAACCUCCACUCGUUCCACCCCUGACCUCUGAGCUAAAACAGGCCUUAGAGGGAACUGAUGCCUUAACUCCCAACCAGGUAACAAAGCUGAAGACAGAGCUGGGAGUGGUGCGGAGCAACCUGACUAUGAUGUCAGACAUGAUGAGUCAGCUGGAUCCCGUCACGGUAAAACAAGCAGACAUGGAGCUGCUGGAGCAGUUAUACACAGUUUGUAAGGAAAUGCAAGAAAGGAUAGUGAAGAUCGUCCCCAGACUCAGUGAAGAGAAGCUGAUUGAGGAGCUGCUGGCGACUAAUGAUGAGAUGAACACCGCCUUCACUCGCUACAGCAGGUUUGAAAGACGAAUAACAAACGGCCAAAACUCAACACAGAAGAGCCACUCAUACGUCAACCUCGCAAACCUCAAUCUCACAGCGUCUGAGAGCCAACCAGAGCUUGCAUCCGUCGCCUAUGACAGUUUGUCCAGUCAGAUGGCAAGACUUAGCACAAGUGAAACAGAUGAUUCAGACACAUUAUUACAGAGGAGAAAUCUCUCAGCUCAAGAAAGACCAAGCGAGCAGAGUGAAGUUGCAGUGGACGGCUUGGCUCGAGCUCAGGACAGCAGGCUACAAAUCACUGGAACGAUUCCCAUCAACCAGUCCAAUGUAAUGGAUGAUAUUGAGAAAUGGCUUGCACUGGAGGAUGAGUAUGAUGACUUUGAGGACUCGGAUGGUGUGACCAGUGAAGAGUUUGACAAGUUUCUGGCAGAAAGAGCAAAAGCAGCUGAGCUCCUGCCUUCUGUCCGAGCGUCCUCACAGGACACCAACCACUCCGAGUCUUAAGCUGCACUUAAAGCUGCCAAACUAACACUACUCAUGAAGCCCCUGCACCAUCGACUGAGAGAUGCAGAUUUCUCUUUGAUGAAUGGUUGAGUGGCACAUCUGAUAUGGGAACUGCAACCCAUAUUUGAGGAAAGACGUCAUAUCUGUGUAUACUGCUCUUUACUUGGGUGCAAACAGUUUUUUUUAACUGCUAAAAAAAAAUAAUGUUAUUCGCUGAAGGACAGAGGUUUUUACUUACUUGACAUUGUUACAAGGAGUUUGUUCAUGUGUGGAAUGCAAACAUUUGCACAUUUUAUAUGAUUACAUUCCUGCUGUUGAAGGAGAGAAGAUAAAGUUACUGAAAAACAACUUUUGGAACAUAGAUAAUGUAUUAAAUAGCUGUGAUAUGUAUGUCAAAUCUCAUGGUGGGUUACAGAAAACGCCUCUGUCAAAGUAGCAAACACUAAACAUGUAUGUAAGAGAAGCUCAGCUAUUACUAUAAUAGUCUGAUGAUUGUUUUCAUGUUGUUAUUAUUAUAAUCGGAUGUCGAAGAAAUUUACAUGAUGUUUUUUACAUCCAACAUUCCCCUUGUGAAAAUGUUUUACUUGAAGAUUAACAAAAA